AUGGCUCUCAAGAGAAUUAAUAAGGAACUCUCAGACCUGGGACGCGAUCCCCCUUCGUCUUGUUCUGCUGGCCCCGUUGGAGAUGAUUUGUUUCACUGGCAAGCGACUAUCAUGGGUCCUGGUGACAGCCCUUAUUCCGGUGGUGUCUUCUUCCUAACCAUACAUUUCCCCACCGAUUAUCCAUUCAAGCCACCCAAGGUCAACUUUACUACGCUCAUCUACCAUCCAAACAUCAACUCAAACGGGAGCAUUUGCCUGGACAUCCUCAGAGACCAAUGGAGCCCUGCCCUGACUAUAUCAAAAGUCCUACUUUCGAUCUGUUCCAUGCUCACAGACCCGAACCCGGAUGAUCCUUUGGUCCCUGAAAUUGCUCAUGUUUACAAGACCGAUCGUCCGCGGUAUGAAGCGACAGCCCGCGAAUGGACUCGAAAAUACGCGAUUUGA